AUGUGUAUUCAGAGCGUGUUGGACGUGUUGGACGUCCCGGAGUCCUUCCCCGACGGCAACCCGCAGAGGGCCAUUUACUGCAGUCGUACACUCAACUUGAGGUCCAUUAAGGCCAUAGGUAGGCGGGAUUACACGCUCAUCCACUACGAUGUGAAUGCGUGGGAGGGCCGUGCGUACGAGUACGGGUUGGAGACGUUGCGGCAGCAGGGCGUGCCGGUGGAUGGUCUCCGGUUCGAUCCCGACCUGGUGAUUCGCGGUCUCAUUAUGGAUAAGGAACAUGGCAACCUCAUCAAGGUGGACCGAUUCGGUUUGGUGAAGCGCGCCAUGCACGGCACGCGUAUGAUGAACUGGCAGGAAAUACGGGAGUUGUACGGCAGGGAGGUGGUAAAUCUUCGCAACGAGGGUCGCUGGGUUUUUCUCAACACCCUUUUUUCGGUUAGCGAGGCCGUUAUGUACAUGCAGCUGGUGGACCGUCUGGACCUGGGUAUGUUCCAGGUGGGGGCAGGGAACAUAUCGUACCAGGCCCUGUACGGCAUGGUUAGUAAGGCGCUGUACCGCACCCACGUGGAGGGCAAGCUGAAGGCCGAGAUUAUUCAGGCUCCGGAGCCGGCCGUCUCACCUCAAUGUCCCCCGGGGGCACUCACCGCGGUAAGGCGGCCUCCUUCCCGCACACAUCUCAACAGCUCCCUUUCCCCCUCCCCCUCCCCCUCCCUAAUGAUGUCGUUCGCGUACGACCCCUUCCUGCCCGCCGGCAUGCGCUGGCGCGACCUUUUCGACAUGGUCAUCGUAAUGGCUCGCAAACCCGACUUCUUCAACUACAACAUGUCGCUGUACGAGGUGGUGACUCCGGAUGGCCUCAUGCGGCCCGUGCUGGGGGCCCGGAAGGGGGGCCUGUACUGCGGGGGAAGCGCCCGCAUGGUGGAGAAAGCCCUAGGGGUGGAGGGUGACGACCUGCUAUACGUGGGGGACCACAUCUACACGGAUGCGGCACUGGCCAAAAUCAACUUCAGGUGGCGUACGGCACUCAUCAUUCGGGAGUUGGAGCUCGAGAUUGACGCGCUGGCCCGGGGUCGCCCCCACCGCGACGCGCUCAAGGAGCUCAUGACGAAGAAGGAGCUCAUUGGGGACGUGUUCAACCAGCUGAGACUGAGCAGGCAGGCGAGUGGGGGGGGGGGAUCGGAGGAUGGGGCCCAGCGCUGGGUUCACGGCCACCCCGCCGCCGCCAGCUUCGAGGACGAGGAGGGUAUUAAUGAAACCCUGGCCCAGCUGCUGAUGGUGAUGGAGCACCUGGAUGACCGCAUAGGGCCCAUGUUGGAACGGGAUGGGGAGCACUUCAACAAGAGGUGGGGGUACCUGUCCCGAGCUGGCCUCAACGAUAAGUCGCAGCUCAACCGCCAAAUAGAAAAGUACGCCGAUAUCUACACAUCGAGGGUCUCCAACUUCCUGCGGUACACGCCGUACAGCUACUUCAGGUACAUAUAUAUUAUAUGUAUGGACGGGGCCCCCCAUGACAGUGCGGCAAAAUCACGGUCAUCAGCAAGUCAUCCUAGCCAUCCUAGCCAAUACAUGUGAUCAUGAUAACGGACCCCAACACCCUCAAGUGACCCCCUGAUGCCCCAUUCCUACUUCCGGUAACCCACUGCCCCUUUGGCACUUUGCGCCCUUUCUUCUCCCCCGGCCCCCCCGGAAAAAGGUCGCCCUCCCAGUCCCUGGCACAUGACCGGAACCUCACUCGCUACUACGAGAAGAUUUACGGGUCAGGACACGACGGCGCGCCGGUUGGCAGCAGCGGCAGUUCCUCCAACGGAAGCAACGGCUUCGCGUUGCCGUAUGACGACGGUCCGGAUUCGGAUCCGGAGCACGAGCAGGACGCCUCGUGACGGGAGAGCACUGGCGCUCAGGUCGCCCCCCGUGGGAAGGGCGGUGUGACGGGGUGCGGCAUCCCUGGAGAGCUGCGUUGGCGGUUCCGUCGGUAUAUAUCUCUAGCCACGGCGGCGCCUGAGGGUUCCAGGGUCUCUUCCAGGAUUUCGCUGGUGGCUGGCUUGGCUUACUGACAUUGGUGU